CAUUUUCUUUAACCAGCUGAUAGCCAAAUUGUCAACAGUUAAGCCUGAUACCUGCGCUGCUGAAACGACAGUAUAUACGACCAUACAGGAAGUACAGUGAGGCCAGGACACCACCAGUGAGAUUUGACUACACUCUGUUUGGAAGUGCAAGUGGUCCACUUCAGGGAGGAGGCCCAGCCCCCCUGCCGUCUCCUACAAGGGCCGGUAUGAGCUCCAGAGGGAGUGGAGGCCGCUCCAACGGCACACUACCACAGACCAAGAUCUGCCAGUUCAAGUUGGUGCUGCUGGGUGACAUGGCUGUGGGCAAGUCCAGCCUGGUGCUGCGUUUCGUCAAGGGACAAUUUGAUGAGUUCCAGGAAACAACCAUAGGAGCUGCAUUCCUGGCUCAGUCGGUGUGUCUAGACGAUACCACAGUGAAGUUUGAGAUCUGGGACACUGCAGGACAAGAGCGAUACCAUAGCCUGGCUCCCAUGUACUAUCGUGGUGCUCAGGCUGCUAUCGUCGUCUUUGACAUCACUAAGCCGGAGACUUUUGAGAGAGCCAAGGCCUGGGUGAAGGAGCUGCAGAGGCAGGCCAGCCCCAACAUUGUUAUUGCACUGGCUGGGAACAAGGCUGACCUAGCAGAGAGGAGACUAGUAGAGUAUGAGGAAGCCCAGACGUAUGCUGAGGACACCGGCCUGCUCUUUAUGGAAACCUCUGCUAAGACAGCCAUGAACGUCAAUGAGCUCUUCCUGGCCAUUGCAAAGAAGAUGCCAAAAACAGACACCCAAAACCCUACACAUGCAGCGCGACAUCGGGGAGUCAACCUCCAGGACCCAGAUGCCCACUCUACCAGAGCCUGCUGUGGUGGGAACUAGACCUCUACAACUCCCACCAGUAUUCCACCAUCCACACCACCACACACCAUCCUGUUUCCUUCAGCCAACUUACAGGGAUAGGCCUGGUGUGGGGAACCCAAUAUCCACUCACCCCUUACCCUCCAUUCAUCCUCCUGUCCAAGCAGACAGAAUAUCAGAGACAGAAAUUCAAAGGAGAGGAUCAGGAAGAGCAAGCAGAGAUGGAAGAGAAAGACACAAUGUUUCACACCUGUGUCUCUUGACCACCAACUGAGAUUCUGCAUUUGGAAGUUACAAGGGGAGGUAUAGUGACGACAGAUAAAGAGGAGGAAAAUAAAGAAUGUGGAAGAGGGUGGCAAGCCUGUUGUAGUAUUUAGCACUAAUUGUGAAUUUUCUUUUGUUUUCAUUCAGCCUUGAAUUAUUUGGCCCUGAUUGCAUAAAAAUGCACGAAAUGAGCCGCACACGGUGGCGAGUGGCUAAGAAAGGAAAGGAGAAAAAAGGGUCAAGACAUAAAACAAAGAAGCCAGAUGGUUAGGUUGUUGCUCCUUUCUUCGUCUCCUUUGUCACAGCCUGCACCUGCUUGCUUUGCCUCCUCCCAGUCCUGAAUCAAUCACACCCUGCUGUGAAUAAUGCCACAUAUUGCACCACUGGAAUGAUCCCACGAUUCGUAGUCCCUCUCUGUGCUGCCUGACCUUGGAUGGUGUCACUGGCACUGUCCAGAGCCACAUCAUAAAAGACCCAUUGCACAGUUUGCCCAACAGAAGUCCACAAUUUGUACGUAUUUAUUGUCCAGUGUUUUGACUUCUCUUGACUGCUGGUAGUGAUGCUCCAGUGUCUCUAAACUCAUUAUUUGAGGCAAAGAUUUCAAAUUCUUCAAAGUUCUGAUUAAAAGAGAUUGCUUGUCUUUACAAGAUUGAUUUUACACGGUGGUUCACAGACUUGCUUGUUUAAUGAAAGAUUGCUGAGCAUUUUUUCGCUUGAGUACUCGUAGGGAAAACCAUUAAGCACCACAGGCUGUAGCUCUUUACAGUUACAAUACAGACUUGAUAUGGGGUGUUGUAGUCACAGAACUUAAAUAUUGCUAUGUAUAAACAGGAAACUGCUAGCUCCAACUAAUUACAUGCCUGUAGUAGAGAAAAUGUCCCUCAAACCCAAAGAAAGUUGUGUUCCAUCAAACAUAAGACUAAGUCCCCGUUUUGAAUAAACAGCUUGAUCUCAUAUUUCAGUUAUCAUAGUGAAUUGUGGGUAGUCCAUGGAUGGCUCUGCCUGAUGAAAUGAUUGGCAUGAGAUAAAUUGGUUUAUGAUAUAUUGGGGGCUGAUCUGUAGUAAACCCAUACUGUGCCCUGUAGGAGAAAAUGUGCCAGUGUUGUGUUUGUGUCCCUCAUCUGUCCCUUGUCGUCCUAAGGCUAAGUUGUUGGUGAACAUGAUAUCAUCGUGAUCUUAAAUGGUUUUACUGAUUUCUUUAACUUAAUAUGAUGCUCUUCAAACAAAGUUGUGUGCUUGGUUGCUGAAGAAAAUGAGUAAGGAAUUGAUGAAAAUACAAAAAAACAGAAGUGCCUAUUCCCAGUUUUCUUUUUCUGUGAAUCACGUUCGGGGCUUUCUUUGAGUGUGUGUGUGUGCUUCGUAGACAAAGUUCAAGAAAACCAGUUCCCUGACAUCAGCUUGUACUAUUACCAGUAACUUGUACCCUGUCAUUAGGCUAUUACUGUGUUGGCUCUUUGUAUGGAUGUAAAGACCUCUUGUUGGACACACUGUAAUGUUAUAUAUUGUCUUAAUGACAGUGUAUGUUGAUUUGAGCAGAGCACACUUGUGAACCUGGAAUGGAUCGUUCAAAGGACUCUAAUCAAUGUUAUAAAUCAGUUUGACUUAAAUACUGGUGUCCAGGAAAAUCUUUGCUUUAUUUUCAGAUUCACAACCAUGCAUAUUAAGGCAUUUUGAUAAAAAAAAUAUGGUGAACUAAGGGUCUCAGAAUAAGAUUUGAACAACGAUGACAUUAUCAAUCAGUAUUCAAAUAAAAGCUAAAAUUUGUUCUCCUCCCAUGAACACUACGAACUCAUCAGCUCCUUAUAAACAUUGAACAGCAUUCACUUAUUCAUUCUUCCGUGAUCACAAGUAGGUUCAAUGUUCUGUGCACUUAAGAUGACAAAGGUCAUUAAAAGAAGACUUGACUUUUCAUCAGCAGCACCUUGAUUAUGUAUAGUGUUCAAUAAAGCUGUGAAUGGCGCUUUGAGUGCAG